ACCAUCAUCAACCUUAUUAUCAUCAAUGGAGUCAUUUCAAUCAAUAUUACAUUCAAUGUUUAUCUAUUGUAGCUUACUUGUGCUAAGACUGUCAUCAUGAUUGACAUCCAUCACCAUCAUCAACCUUAUUAUCAUCAAUGGAAUCAUUUCAAUCAAUAUUACAUUCAAUGUUUAUCCUAUUGUAGCUUGCUUGCGCUAAGAUUAUAUCAAAUGAAGGUCAAGAUUAUCUGAAAGGAAUGGCUGGAGCAGCUAACUUUGCUUGGGUCAAUAGAUCCAGCAUGACAUUUCUAACAAGACAGGCGUUUGCUAAAAUCUUCAACAGUACACCAGAUGACCUGGACAUGCAUGUGAUAUACGACGUCUCUCACAAUAUAGCUAAAGUAGAAGAGCAUUUUAUUGAAGGUAAACAAAGACAACUUCUUGUACAUAGAAAAGGAUCUACAAGAGCCUUUCCACCUCACCAUCCACUCAUUCCUGUGGACUAUCAGUUAACAGGUCAACCUGUUUUAAUUGGCGGAACCAUGGGAACAUGCAGCUAUGUAUUGACAGGUACAGAUAAAGGYAUGACAGAAACCUUUGGUUCUACAUGCCACGGUGCAGGUAGAGCUCUGUCAAGAGCAAAAUCAAGGAGAAACUUAGAUUACCAAGAUGUACUUGCAAGUUUACAGCAAAAAGGAAUAUCAAUUAGAGUAGCCUCACCUAAGUUAGUCAUGGAAGAGGCUCCAGAGUCAUACAAAGAUGUAACAAAUGUAGUCAAUACUUGUCAUGAUGCAGGAAUCAGUAAGAAAGCAGUAAAGUUAAGACCAAUUGCAGUUAUUAAGGGCUAGAUCAAAAUAAUCCUCUCACAAUUCAAGUUCAAUUAUUAAGUACUGCAAAUUGAUCKAGAAAAGUUUCAAGCAGCACAAGAACCAAGAAAGCCAGAAAGAACACAACACUGAAAAGGCGCAACAGCAAUGUCUUUUAUUUCAAACUCUCUGCUAUAUUACAAAUAUCCCAUAACUACAUAAAUAAAAAGUGAUGUAAGGAUGGUGAUCCAGUCAGGACAUGUGGAAUACACGUCUUACCKUCUGCAAAGGAAACAAAAAUGWGUUACAGUUUAAGAUAAGWGUUGGUACAUCUCUGCUACUGUUUGUAAAAGGUGCAAUCUGCUUCAAACGUUGAGUGAGCAAGUCUUAUUCACUAUAAAUAUAACACUAUUGCACAAAUACACAGAUAUAACACUAUAUGUAGAUAUGGACUGCAAUAUCUCGUGUGGAAAACAUUUCCUGAAGAUCAGUACAAGUGCUUCCUUGUAUGGAAUUAGCUAAACUUCAUUUUACCAUAUGUGGAAAUUCAUUCCUUAUCAUUGUUGUGUAUUUUCAUAAAUGGAUGCUUCUGCAUGUGGAUAAUUGAUAUUAUAGAUAUUUCCUGAUAUUUCCU